GCAAGAGCGGAGGCGAACAACCAUUUUGCGAGAGGAACAAAGCGAAAGGAAAACAGCUGACCAAAACACCGUCUUUUCCCGAUCGAGGAAGUUACAUAUAUGCAUACAGUAUACAAGGGAUUGAAUGGCCAAGCUGUCUCUCCUGUGUAAUGGUGAAGUCAAACUGGUGUGAGUCACCAAUGUAAAGAGCAACAAGGAAAUCUGACAGAUAGCUUGGUAUCAGCAUUUAAAGACAACCUUUACUGCAUUGAGACUGGAUUCAGCUUUUAACUGUACUAAACUGAACUGGAGUGAAGAAACUCAGAAUUGACACAGUAGAAGCACAGGUGGUAAUCGUCUGUAAGUCCGUUAAGAACCCUGGUGUUCUGUAUUCACUAUGGGUCAAUGUCUUUCUGGCAAGGAGGACUCUUCAAAUCCUACAAGAGACAGAGAGACACAUCUACAGAGGGAAUUAGUGACUACAAAGACUAAUUCUGCACAAAACUCCAGUAGACAACAGUCAGAAAUGUCCAUCCAUUCUUCAGGAAGCUCUCAACAACUCUCAGGAAGCAAAGUGUUUGCUUCUUAUCCUAGGUUGCCCCCAAUUCGCAAAUCUCAAAACAAUAAUGACACUAAGAGGCUCUCAUUAGAGUGCUCAGAUGGAAAAAUCAAUGCCUUAUUUGAUCAAUAUAGAAAUGAACCUGAAGCUAUGACAGAGGAUGGCAUAUUGAAGUUUUGUGACGACCUAGGAUUGAAACCUGAGGACUUUUCUGUGUUGCUCUUUGCUUGGAAGUGCAAUGCUGAAAUGAUGGGACGAUUCUCACGCAGUGAGUUUGUCUCUGGCUGCAAGAGUAUGCGUGUGGACAGUGUCAAAGGAAUACAAGGAAAGCUCCCUCACUUACUUAAUGAAGUUCAAAACAAACAGUCAUUUAAGGAGCUCUAUCGCUGGGCCUACAAGUUCACUUUGACUGUUGAACCAGGGCAAAGAACUCUCUCUACAGAAGUAGCCAUUCAGAUGUGGAAAAUUGUUUUUACUCAAAAUGCACCCCCAUUACUUGAGCCUUGGCUACAUUUCCUGGAAAAACAUGAGGGUAUACGUGGCAUCCCACGAGACACCUGGGACAUGUUUUUACACUUCACAGAGCAAGUAGGCAGUGACCUGAGCAACUAUGACGAGUCUGAAGCUUGGCCUAGCUUGCUUGAUGACUUUGUGGAAUAUGAAAAUGAUCUCCAAAAUCAAAAUGUUGUUGCCAGUCUCACUUAGUAUUGGCCCAAUCAAAAUGAGUCUACUUAAAUGAUAUUGCUUAUAUUAGCAAGCAAGGUUUCUGAUUAUGAUUUCCAUGUUGUUGAGGCUCUAGUCACAUAAAUGAGGGAGGGGGGGGGAGGUUAAAAAAUACAUAUCUAUGAUAGAAAUAUAUAAUUCUGUAGUUUGGUUACAGAUCUUUAUCAUGUUAGAUAUGAGUAAGCAUUUUAAUGUAUCGCUUGUCUAUUUUGUUGCACAUGUAGGUAGCUUUUGUAAUCAGAAUCAUGAUCAUAUUAAUAACAAGAUUGUUUAAGUGGGAUGUUUCCAAGCCUUUCUUUUUGCAUAUACCAGGACAGAUAGGGAUCUGUCAAUAUUAUUUAACAAAACUGUGUGAAAUGUAUGGAGAUAAGCUGGUAAGUAAUUGGCCAUUGGUGGAACAUUAACAAUAUGUCCAAAUAGGAUCAAAUAGAAGCAGCCAGACAUGAGGUCAAAACCCCAACAUAUGUGUUGGCUCUGUUGGUAAAGCUAGAAUGAGGAUUUUCACUGAUAGACUACCUAUUGAAGUUAAUAACUAUGUCAUUAUAAUGAUUUCAGAAUGUGUACUGGGUGCCUUUUUUAUCAGGGCUAUUGUUUUUCUUCAUGAUGGUAUUCGGAGCCAGUUGUUUUCAAGUGAGGCUUUUGUAUGGCUCUUUUUUAGUGUUGUGAAAUAUGUGUUGUCAUACCUUGUGGGUGUAACUGUAUCAGUUGGAGUUUUUAGCGGUAGCAUAUUUGUGUAUAAAUGGGGCAAUACAUUGUCAGGCUAUGAGUUGGAAACAGACUGCCUUGUCUGAAGUGCUAGACAAAAUUCUAUUUCAUUUAUAAUUAGUUUUAGAUCAGCAGCAUCUACAAAGAAAUAAACAAUGAACAAAAUAUACAAAGUAUGUCUAUUUGCCUUGAUUUACAGCAGAACUGUCAAUAAUUCUGAAUGUAAAUGAUCUCAGUUAUUCUAUUUUAUGUUAAUGAAAGAUUUGCUGCCUCUUUGUACAUUUGCUUUUGUGAUUAAAAGAAAAAACGAGGCAGGUUAACAUUUUAGAAAAAGCCAGUUUUAGCUGUAAUGCAUCUGAUUAUUCACAGCAUAUACCUUCAUUAAUAGGCAUAAGGUUUUUACCCUGAGGAAGAAGUACUAAAUGUCUUUGAAAUACUCAUAUCACAUGAUCUAUAUUAUUGGCUGUGAUAAUCUGUGUCUGUUCAUAUAGCACAGAUACAUUUUGACAAUCAGUUUUAUCUCAUUAGAUAUAAUGUGAGUUGAGUGAAAAUGUUAUCAUGCAUUACUAUUUAUUUCCAGAAGCAGUAAAUCUGAUGCCUAAUAAUCAGUAAUAUGUUAUGAUUGAAAAUGAUGCAGCAUGCGCUAUAAUUUUCCAGUUUUGCCACAGGAUUUUGAUAUGCCAGUAUUUUUGUUUUAGAUUUUCAGUAAACAAAAGUCAGAAAGUACAUUUUUAACUUUCUGUUAAAUGAUAAGUGAAGCUCAUUUAGGAUAAAGUUUAUUUCAACCAGUUGUCUGUAAGGAUUUCUUUGUGAACAUGUCGUCAGUGCAAUAUGUUUGUAUAAUGAGCUUUGUAUGAACAGACCAUAGCGCACCACUUGCUGUUAAUAAACAGGUGCUUUUUGCGAGAUAAAAAAAUUAAUGUAACAUAUUCAUUGUACUGUAAUGCAUUCAUUUCAAAAAAGUAAAAUUAAAGUAAAAUUGAUUGUGUGUAUAA